AUGUCAGAGACAGUGAAAAAUUCAAAGCAGUCGUGUUCAAAGGUGAAAAAUAUUGCCUUUCUCAAAGCUCAUAAAUGUGGAAGUACUACGGCUUCAAAUAUUCUCCAGCGAUUCGGGCUGCGUGAAAACUUGAACUUUGUUUUGCCGGAUAAAACUGGAAAAUGGUUUUGGGUACUUGGACACUUGUCUUCUCAUACAGUUCGAGAAAUCAUUCCAUUGCCAAAAGGGGAAGUAUACAAUAUUUUGAGCGUGGAUACGGUGUUUAAUAAGACAAUUUAUCAACAACUUAUACCUAAUCCUUUUUAUCUGACCAUAAUGCGCGAUCCAGUUGAAAGAUUUGUUUCUGGAGCUUAUUAUAGCAUAUCUAAGUACAAAUCACUGAUGACAGAUGGCCCUUACCCAUUUCAACAAACGGAAAUGACCAUUAAACAUAGUGAUUUUGUAUUUGACACUUCUAAAGAUAUUUAUCGUGUGUUGGAAGAAUCGGAAAAUGAUUUUAAUUUCGUAAUGAUUACAGAAUAUUUUGAUGAAAGUUUAGUUUUAUUAAAAUAUGAAUUAUGCUGGUCUACCAAGGACAUUGUCUAUAUAACGCGAAAUGUAAACAAAGCUAAACAAGGUUAUGCGUUAAGUCCCGAAGACAGAACUUUAAUUGAACGUAAGACUGGAGUAUAUAAAAAUGUUUACGACCAUUUUAAGAUGAAAUUAUUUCAAGAAAUCAUUUCACAUGGUACGGAUUUUCUAAACGAAGUUUUUUAUUUUAAAAUUAUUCUUAAGCAGGUGCACGAUUACUGUAAAUAUCCCACUCAAGAUAAUUUACAAAUUCCCUCGUCAAAGUGGAACGAGAAGUUUACCAUCAAUACAUCAGAAUGUCAUCUCAUGAAUCUAACAGAAUUUCCUUUGGUGUCAAUGCUACAAGAACGGCAACGUAAGAAAUUGGUUGAUGAGCAACACAAGACCGUAAACGAACAUUAG